AUGGAACAACAAAGUAAGAUGGAUAUGUUUGAUAUUUUGCCAGAAGAGUGCAUAUCUCAAAUCAUAAAUCUUACAGCUCCCCGAGAUGCAAGCAGAUUAUCAGUGGUGUCUCCUGCAUUCAAAUCAGCUGCAGAUUCAGAUGGCGUCUGGGAAAAGUUCCUGCCAUCUGAAUACAAGGACAUCAUUUCUAAUUCGGAUUCAUCCUCAUUGUUGACUACUUGCAUGUCGAAGAAGAAUCUUUUUCAACAUCUCUGUGACAACCCCAUCAUCAUCAAUAAUGGCGCUGUGAGCAUCGCAUUAGAGAAAAAGAGUGGAAAAAAAUGUUGCAUGGUUGGGCCAAGACAGCUAAAUGCAACAUGGGGAUCAGCCGGAGAUGUGCCUAUGUAUUGGAUAUUGCCGUCUCAAUCAGAUUCAAGGUUUGCUGAAGUGGCUAAAUUCGGACCAAUGUGGUAUUUCGAAGUGAAGGGAGGGAUGGAGACUAAACUUUUAUCUCCGAAAACCAUCUAUGGAACUUACCUUGUGUUCAAGUUUCAUGAUCUUGAGCGUAGAAUUUUGUAUAAAGAAGAUCCUCCUGUUAAGUGUGGUGUGUAUUUUGAAGGAAAAGAUGACGGGAAAAGACACAGCUUGUUCCUCGAUCCUGCCGGAAGUAUGCUGCGACGAUAUCGAGACAAAGGAGAUGGAUGGAUGGAAAUUGAGAUGGGAGAGUUCUUCAACGAAAAUGGUCAUGAUGGAAUGUUGAUGUUUACUUUUAUCUCAUGA